AUGUCCAAGCAGGGCAGCAAGUCCUCCCUUCUGCUCGACGAAUCCGACGACGAAAGCGAAGAGGAGGCCUACAGCCAUCCGUUGUCUUCAGUGCAAGGGAUGCCUGCCUUCUCCGACUUGCAAGUCACGAUUGCCAAGGCCAUCGUGAAGCAGUCCGGCCGAAGAGACGGUGCCGCGAAUGUUGAGGACAUCCUGGACUAUGUCACGAAGAAAUGGAAGAACCUCCGACGAAAGGACGGAUCGCAGUACUCCUCGGCCAGCACUUACAUUCGGCGAGCAGUCCAAGCUAAUCUGCGAAGCACGGCCAACGGCAUUGCUCUCUUCAAGGUGCGAACGUCGCGCUUUGAUCGAAAGAGAGGGAGCAACUGA